UCCACUUUCUGCUCCCCUAAUUCUUCUCAUCUUAACUAGAGAAUUUCUAUAUUUCUCACCAGCUUCUUCAACCUUCAACCCCUUUUUACUUUAUUUAUCUAAUUGUGAGAGGAGGUUGUUGUAUUUUCGUUUCUAAUAUACCUACCCUCAAGCUUCCUUCAUUUAAUACCUACCAACCCGCAACCAUGCGUUUUUCCGCCCUCACCCUCCUAGCUCUUCCCCUCCUCGCCGCGGCCGAGACCCAAGACCCCCUCCAACAACUCCAGGACACCGCGCUCCACUACUUCGACAAAGCCUACUCCCUCAUCCCCCACACCAACACCUUCUCCGCCGCCGAAGCCGCCCUCGCUAAAGCUGGCGGGAACAACAUCGACGUCCUCUCGCUGGACAACUGGCGCUCCACCCUCAUCAACAGCGUGACCCCCGCCUCCACCGGCCCCGAGGAGUGGUGGGUGCUGCUCACAGCCGGCAACAAGACGUGCUGGGGCAACUGCGAUAAGCUGACGCGGGCGUUCAAUGAGAGCGCGCUGCUGUUCAAGGCGGAUCCGACGGCGCCGCAUCUGGGGCUAAUCAACUGCGAUCAUCAGCCGAUUCUGUGUCACUCGUGGGCCGCCGGGGCGCCGCUGAUGUAUAUCUUUGAGGUUAAUAAGCCGCCGGCGAAGACGGAGGUGCAUAUUCAUGGGUUCAAUACUACGACUGUUACGGCGAUGGAUCUGGUCAAGUUGCACGCGACGAAGAGCUGGAAGGAGAGGCCGGCGUAUGAGGGGCACUUUCACCCGUUCCAUGGCACUGCGCAGCAGUACGGUCUGGACCUCGUUACGGGAUGGGUUAUCUGGGCUUUCAACAUCUUGCCAAACUGGGCUUUCAUGAUCCUGAUCUCUUUCGCUUCGCGCACUAUGAUGAGCCGCCGUGAACAAGGCCGCCAAGCACCAGCACCAGCAAGAUAAAUGUCUCGCUCCAGAGACGACUUGACAGAUCUUUCUUCGCUCUUUACUAUAUAUUUUUAACUCUUUUAUACAAAUGCAGUAUUAGGGCCAAGGACGCGACUUCACGGGCACAGGUAGCCACGGUAGUAGGGUGGGAGGGAAAUGUAAAGGUGUAGUCGCGUGGUAGGUAUCAUCAUACUUUUAAUUCGAGAGUUUUGGGCGUGUGUUUCGUCUUGAGGAUGCUAUAGUCGAGUGUGGUUGUGUGACCUUGGUUUGUGACGUAGAUAACUGCACUCUUUGCCUCUGUAGUGUCAAUCGUGUUUAUA